AUGGAUUAUCCAAGUAUUUUCUUAUGUCUUGUACUAACAUGGACACUAACCCAUAUUCUCAUUUCAAAAAUAACAAAAACUAUCCCAUCAAAUCAACAAAUUAGACUACCACCAGGUCCUCCCACUCUACCAAUCUUAGGUAACCUCUUCAGUCUUAGGAGAAAUCCACGCAUCUCCUUAACUAAACUUGCUAACAAAUAUGGCCCUCUAAUGUUCCUCCAGCUCGGUCAGGUUCCUACCGUGAUUAUAUCCACAGCUUCCAUGGCUAAAAAAGCCCUUCAUAAGAACGAUCUUUCUGUCUCGAGCAGGAUGGUCAUUAAUGGUACUCGUGCACUCAACCACCACGAAAAUUCACUUGUCUGGUUGUCUAUAACAUCACCUCAAUGGAGGUUUUUACGCAAAAUAUCGAACAUUCAUAUUUUUUGGAGUACUAAACUUGACAUGAGCCAAUCUCUUAGGAUGGAAAAGGUGGAAGAACUCAUUGAUUAUGUUCAAAAUAGAAGUAAAGUAGGAAGGAUGGUGGAUAUUGGUGAAGUAGCAUUUACAACUACCCUGAAUUUGUUGUCAAAUACUUUCUUUUCAAUGGAUUUGGUUGAUCAUGAUUCUGAUCUUGGAAGUGAAUUUAGAGGAAGUAUAAGUGAUUUGAUGGAUGAAUUGGGGAAACCCAACUUUGCUGAUUAUUUCCCUGUAUUGCAGAUGAUAGAUCCACAAGGUAUCCAAAAACAGUUAAGUUUACGCUUCAGGAAGAUGUUUGGUUUAUUUGGUAAUAUAAUUGAUCAAAGAUUGAAGGGAAAGAGAAACCUGAGGAAUUUGACCUAUCCAAAAUUCUUCAUUUCUUGCUGGAGGAAAAAGAAAGAAAGAAAGAGAAGCAGAAGAGAAGGGAAAAAAAAGGAAGGGAUAAAAAAGGAGAAUGCAUCUUAUUUGUUUAGAAAGGAAGAGAAAAUGUUUGCUCGGUUUGAAGAUAUCUUAUUUUUGCAGGAUAUGUUUGUAGUAGGAACUGAGACAAUAUCAAUAACCCUUGAAUGGGCAAUGACAGAAUUACUAAGAAACUCUAAUAAACUAAAGAAAACACAGGAAGAACUGGAAAAGAUAAUAGGAAAAGGAAAGUCGAUAGAAGAAUCAAACAUUACCCGACUUCCAUAUUUGCAGGCAAUUGUAAAGGAAACCUUUAGGCUGUUAGAAUAA